GGAGGGAAGAGCGGCGAGGCGAGGGGAGAGUGGUGCUACGGGCCAGGCGGGCCACCCCGGGCCACACCCCCACCUUGCGGGCGCCCGGCGGGGCUCGAGCCAGGCGGGGCGCCUCACAAAGACAUGCGGAGAGGGGCUGCACGGGGCCGCGGCACAAAGACACCCGGGUGCUCCGCUGCACGGGCUGCAGUGAUCACCCCCUCGCUGAGCCCCGGGGCAGAGCCCAGCAGCCGGCCGAGCGCACCCAGGGCCCGCGCGGGACCCCAGGCGGCCACGCAAUCGGGGUGACCCAUCGCGCGCGGGGGCGUCGUCGUCCGAUCCCAACUUGGCCUCGGCCUCGCCCUCUGCUCAGCCUGCCACCGCUGGUGUCCCCUCCUUCCGGCGAUUUCGUUUCUUCUCACGCUCCCCCCUCUAUACCCCUCCCGCCUCCAGCCCCGCUCUCCCCACCUUGUAAAACAAAGCCGGGGAAAAUGCCUGCCCGUGCAGCUCGGAGCGCUCAGCCCGUCUUGGAAUAAGGAGUGAGUACAAUGGCGUGUUGGUAAAAAAAAAAAAAAGAGAGAGAGAGAGAGAGAAAAGAAAAAAAAAGAAAGAAAGAAAGAAAGAAGGAAAGAAGGAGAAAAGAAAGAGAAAAGAAAAGAAAACAGAGAGAGAGAGAAAGAAAAGAAAAAAGCAUCAAGUCUGUGUUAAAACAAACAAACAAACAAACAUUUUGAAUGCUGCAUGCCUCAUGCUUGCCAGCGCCUCGCGGGAGAGACCCGGCUAUACUGCAGGAGUGGCGGCCCCUGACUUGCUGGACCCCAAGUCUGCUGCUCAGAACUCCAAACCGAGGCUCUCGUUCUCCGCAAAACCCACCGUGCUUGCUUCCCGGGUGGAGAGUGACUCGGCCAUUAAUGUUAUGAAAUGGAAGACAGUCUCCACGAUUUUCCUGGUGGUCGUCCUCUACCUGAUCAUCGGAGCCACGGUGUUCAAGGCAUUGGAACAGCCUCAGGAGAUUUCCCAGAGGACCACCAUUGUGAUCCAGAAGCAGACCUUCAUAGCCCAGCACGCCUGCGUCAACUCCACCGAGCUGGACGAACUCAUCCAGCAAAUAGUGGCAGCAAUAAACGCAGGGAUUAUCCCCUUAGGAAACAGCUCCAAUCAAGUUAGUCACUGGGACCUCGGAAGCUCUUUCUUCUUUGCUGGUACUGUUAUCACAACCAUAGGAUUUGGAAACAUCUCCCCACGAACUGAAGGUGGAAAAAUAUUCUGCAUCAUCUAUGCCUUGCUGGGAAUUCCCCUCUUUGGCUUUCUACUGGCUGGGGUUGGUGAUCAGCUCGGAACUAUAUUUGGAAAAGGAAUUGCCAAAGUGGAAGACACAUUUAUUAAGUGGAAUGUUAGUCAGACCAAGAUCCGUAUCAUCUCCACCAUCAUCUUCAUCCUGUUUGGCUGUGUCCUCUUUGUGGCUCUCCCUGCGGUCAUAUUCAAGCACAUAGAAGGCUGGAGCGCCCUGGACGCUAUCUAUUUUGUGGUUAUCACUCUGACGACCAUUGGAUUUGGCGACUACGUGGCAGGUGGAUCAGACAUUGAAUAUCUGGACUUCUACAAGCCUGUGGUGUGGUUCUGGAUCCUCGUUGGGCUGGCCUACUUUGCAGCUGUUCUGAGCAUGAUUGGGGACUGGCUACGGGUGAUCUCUAAGAAGACGAAGGAAGAGGUGGGAGAGUUCAGAGCACAUGCUGCUGAGUGGACAGCCAAUGUCACGGCUGAGUUCAAGGAAACGAGGAGACGGCUGAGCGUGGAGAUCUACGACAAGUUCCAGCGUGCCACAUCCGUGAAGCGGAAGCUCUCCGCAGAGCUGGCGGGCAACCACAACCAGGAACUGACUCCGUGUAGGCGGACCCUGUCUGUGAACCACCUGACCAGCGAGAGGGAAGUCUUGCCUCCCUUGCUGAAGGCCGAGAGCAUCUAUCUGAACGGUCUGACACCACACUGUGCUGGUGAAGACAUAGCUGUCAUUGAGAACAUGAAGUAGCCCUCUCUUGGAAGAGUCUGAGGUGGAGCCAUAGGGAAGGGCUUCUCUAGGCUCUUUGUGACGGUUGCCGGUAGCAUUUAAACAUUGUGCAUGGUGAGCUCAAAGGGAAAGCAAAUAGAAAACACCCAUCUGGUCACCUUACAUCCAGGGAGGGUGUUGUCCCGAGGCGGCACUCUGAGGAUGCCGUGUGCUGUCCGCUGAGUGCUGAGUGAUGGACAGGCAGUGUCUGAUGCCUUUUUGUGCCCAGACUGUUUCCCCUUCCCCUCUCUCCUAACGUGCCAUAAGGCCUCUGAAUGAAUCUGAAUGCUUUGCUGGUCAUGUAGAUUGGAGGGACCAGCCCUUGGUUUUUCAUGGUUCACCUAACUGAGCCUGGAUACUGACCACUUAGGGAUGACAACAUUUCUUUUUGUAAAUGGCGAGAAAUUCUUACGCAGCCUUUUACCUAAGAAAUUUUCUGCCAGUGCCUUAUCUUAUGAAGAAACAAGACCCUGUCUGGUGGGCUUGUGGUUCCUCCCUUCCCCACCCUCACCCUGGGCUCACCUCUGCUGACUCUCACCUCUCCCCUCCCCUCCGCAUACCUUAUUGUGCUGGAAGCAAUGUGUGGCUUGGUGGAAGAAACAGAUGCCAACCGCAGGCACAGAAGCAACAUGGAAGCUCUGGCGUCACGGGCACUGCAGAGAAGGGAGGUCAGAGAAGGCCCCUCUGAGUAUUUAUUUGACCGGGGUACCAAUGGUACAGCUAUAUAUAUGUACAGAGUAAUAAUUCCCAGGCCGGUAACCUUGGCUGCUUCCACACGGCCCCCUUUUUUUUCCCUGGCAGUAUUUGAAGUUUAUCAUUUAUUAAUAACUAGUCAUUUUUAAAGGCAGAAGAAGACAUGAGCACAUACAUCUGUAAUCUAAGUGAUGUGAUAAGAAAACUGUGCAGACUGGUAUCGCAAGGUGAUCUCAGACAGUCGAUAUGGAUUCAUUCUGAUGAGAAGAAAACAGCGAGACCACGUGUCAUGCGCAUGAGCUCAUACACGGCUCACUGUCAGCUUGGACCAGCCCGUGAGGUACAGCAGGCUUGCACACUUUUCUUUUCUUAAGUGGUUCUUGCCAAACUGAAGGGAGGAGCAAUGCCCUUCAGAAGGGGGCACAGCCCCAGCCAGCCCAGGGUCCCUCUGUGGUCAUGACUGGGUGUGAGCACAGAUGCUGGACUUGGGUCACUGUGAGUUUUGCACACGGAGAGAUACAGACUGCUGGCAUAGGUGGUCUCUAACAGUAGAGAAAACGCCGAUUAGCACAAUCUAAAUCCCCCGAGUUAACUUUUUGUUUAAGAUAAGAGAAGGCUGGUAAUUCACUUAAUUUAAAUUUAUAUCCUAUAAUUCUUUUUGGAUGUUUCAAGAUUCAGAAAAAGUCCAGUCCCUGCAUCUAGCAAACCGCCGCCCUUUCCUCUGUGCCCAUACUUACAUCUACUGAACACUGUAUAUGUAAUUUUUAAAUUUUUAAAGCGCAGAAGGAAAAUGAUUCUUCUACAUGUAAUCGCAAAACUGAUUUCUUUCCCUUCUGGGGGAGGCUUGGGCUUACGUGAUCAUGUGGCAUUCAGAGUAAAGUCUUAAGACAUAAACCCAGGAUGUUUAAAAACACAAAAAGAUUCCUAUUUUCCAAAAUUUGAAUUUAAGCUAUAAAUGUAAAUAUAUCCAGUUCGCUUGCAGAGAGUACUUUUAUAAACCUAUGAAGAUUCUAACCAAAAUUUUAGAAUGUCGGGUUCCUUUACAAAGAAAGCUCCACCCAUCUCCUGAAUAGCCGUUCUGGAAGCUGACACGGUGGGAUGUACCACGUAUAAACUGUGAACUGGAGGACAAAUAAAGUUUGUAAUUAAAAUCA